CUUUAGUCACACACUCACACAAGUUGUUUUCAGAACAAAUCCGAUGGCUCCCAAGGCGAAAUCGAAACCGUCGGCGCGUCCACCGGCGCCCGCCAUCGCAAUCGAAGAUCUAUUCACAACUCUUAAUCGACAUAUACAAAGGUCUGAGUAUGACCAAAUUGUCAAAGUCUCAGAUCAAGUUUUAGAAAUAGCUCCCGGUGAUGAAGAUGCAAUUAGGUGUAAAAUUGUUGCUUUGAUUAAAGACGAUAAGAUCGAUGAUGCUCUUUCUGCUAUUGUUUCCUUCUCGAAAAAGUUUUCUUUCGAUUUCCGUUUCUUUAAGGCAUACUGCUUAUACAGACAAAAUAAGUUAGAUGAUGCUUUGGAGUCCCUGAAAGGCCUAGAAAAAGACUCUGCAACAAUGCUGUUAGAAUCACAGAUUCUAUCUCGUCAAGGAAACAUGGAUGCUUCUGUGGAUAUAUACUUAAAGCUCAAGAAAUCAGAAAUAGAGUCACUGGAGAUAAAUCUUGUUGCUGGUUUGGUUUCAGCUGGGAGGACUUCUGAAGUUCAAGGAGUUAUGGAUUCCAUGCGAGUUAAGGCAACCAGCAGCUUUGAGCUGGCUUAUAAUACUGCAUGUUCAUUGGUUGAAAAGAACAAGCUCUCAGAUGCUGAGCAACUCCUACUGUCAGCCCGAAGAAUUGGUCAGGAGCAAUUAAUGGAUGAAAAUUUAUCUGAUGAUAGAAUAGAGCUUGAGUUGGCACCUGUUGUAGUACAAUUGGCUUAUGUACAGCAGCUGUUGGGGAAAAAACAAGAAGCCAUUGCAUCUUAUGCAGACUUUAUCAAGCGGAACUUGACUGACAAAUCUUCAAAUGCAGUAGCAAUUAACAAUUUAAUAGCAUUGAAGGGUCCUAAAGAUAUUUCUGAUGGCCUAAAGAAGCUUGAUCGUUUGAUAGAAAAGAACAGUGUAGAUCGUAGCUUCAAACUUGUACCUGGAUUAGAAUUGAAGCUUGUACCAAAACAGAAGGAAUCGAUUUACAUCAAUCGAAUGUUGUUGCUACUCCAUUCAAACAAGAUAUCUGAGGCCCGAGAACUUGCCGAUGCGUUGCCACAAAUGUUUCCCAGCAGUGUGAUACCUAUACUCCUUCAAGCUGCUGUCUUUGUCAGAGAAAACAAGGCAGUAAAAGCUGAAGAAAUGCUAGUCCAAUCUGCAGAUAAGUUUCCUGAAAAAGCAAAGAUCCUUUUGCUGGCCAGGGCACAGAUUGCAGCGGCUGCAGGGCAUCCUCAGGUUGCAGCGGAAUCUUUAUUUAAGAUACCCGAUAUUCAGCACAUGCCCGCUACUGUUGCUACUCUUGUAUCUCUUAAAGAACGCGCCGGGGACAUAAAUGGUGCUAGUUCCGUGCUUGAUUCUGCGAUUAAUUAUUGGUCAAAUGCCAUGACUGAAGAGAGUAAGCUAAGUGUUAUCAUGCAAGAGGCCGCAGCUUUUAAGCUUAGACACGGGCAAAAAGAGGAAGCAUCACAACUCUAUGAAAAGCUUGUGAAAAGCCAUCAUAGCAUUGAUGCGUUAGUUGGGUUGAUACAAACGUCUGCUAAUACUGAUGUUGCAAAGGUUGAAACUUAUGCAAAACAACUGAAACCUCUUCCUGGUUUGAAAUCUGUCGAUGUAAAUGCCUUGGAGAAAACAUCUGGUGCAAAACACGUUGAAAACGGGCCCCAUGUGGUGAACAACAUUGAACCUCAUGAAACAAAAAGCAAGGAUAAAGCAAAGAGGAAAAGGAAAAGAAAGCCAAGGUACCCUAAAGGGUUUGACCCGGCUAACCCCGGUCCAGCACCAGAUCCAGAACGAUGGUUACCUAGAAGAGAGAGAUCUAGCUUCAGGCCAAAGAGGAAAGAUAAGAGGGUGGCUCAGAUUAGAGGAUCUCAAGGUGCAGUGAGUAAAGAAACCGCUAAUAGUGGAAACACGAAAUCAAGCCAAUCGUCAAAUGCAAAAGCAUCUUCAAGCAGUGCACCUGCAGCACAAGCCAAGCCUUCUUCAAAAUCCUCUAGGAAGAAAUCCAGAAACUGAGAGAGUAUGCCUUGUUCUGUGUUUUUUAGAUGGGUAAGUUGUGAAAUUUUGUAUUUUAGACUACUAAGAUUUUCAAGGCUGUUCCAACAUGUUUGUAGGUGUUUUUAGAUUGUUUUCUGGUGGUGUUUAGCCAUCAAUGAGCAAAAGGAUGACAUGUUAUACUGUUUAAUGACUUUCGUCAUAUUUCAUUA